ACAUGUUUCGCCUCCCCUAGAACUCGGCCCCCUGUUGUAGUUGGAGGCCGCAUUUCUGUGACCAUGGCAACAGUCCCCCAGGUGACGUCACCCCACUAAUGGCUCCUCCCCAGCCUCGCGAGAUCUGGUGGCAUCGUGAGAAGAGAGUACGGGUUUCUGAGUGUGGAGGAGAGAGGCGCUCCGAGGACGAUGGCUGAAGAACUCGCAAAGCAGUUGGCUGGAUACAAAGCCCAGCUCCAUCAGGUGGAGGCAGCGCUGACCGCUGAUGCUGACAAUGAGGAUUUGCUGAAACUGAAGAAGGAUUUAACGGAAGUCAUUGAAUUGACUAAAGACCUUCUCGCCUCGCAACCCUCGGAAACCCCUGACGAUUCAGAUGGUCAGACCUCUGCUGGUGGCAGCCAAGCCUGGACAGUGGGGGAGCGUUGUAUGUCAGUAUGGACAGAAGAUGGACAGUGGUACGAAGCUGAGAUCGAGGAAAUAGACGAAGAGAACGGCACCGCGGCCAUCACCUUCUUGGGUUACGGAAACGCUGAAGUCACAUCACUGCUCAACCUGAAACCCUUGGAAGAGGGAAGGAAAAACAAGGAUGUCAGCGGCAGCCUACCCAUGUCAAAGAAAGAACAGAUUGCCCAGCAGAGGGAAUAUAAGAAGAAGAAAGCACUGAAGAAAGCUCAGAGAAUAAAGGAGUUGGAGCAAGAGCGAGAGGAUCAGAAAUCCAAAUGGCAACAGUUUAAUAAUAAGGCCUAUUCUAAGAAUAAGAAAGGCCAGGUAGGACAGGUGAAAAGGAGUAUUUUUGCCUCUCCGGAGAGUGUCACCGGCAAGGUGGGAGUCGGCACCUGCGGCAUCGCGGACAAACCAAUGACUCAGUAUCAAGACACUUCCAAAUACAACGUCAGGCACCUGAUGCCCCAGUAACGCUCGCGUGUACCACAUUCACCUUUUUAUCCCUCUAUUUUUCUAAAACUAAGUUAUUUGUCGUCAAAUGAAGAUUAGCAUGGCUCGCUGAUGGUUCGGUUAGAAAACGCAAGAAUACAGGCAACUAACAGGCAGACUUUUAUGUUAACAUACAUUGGGCAUUUAAGCAGGGGGCAUGUUUGGCACCAAUCAGCUCUUUGGGGCCCUUCUGAGGCAGUCUGCACCCGCAAAGGAACUGCAGGUAACCUGGCAGAGGGAGUAUUUGGCAUUUCAGUGCCUGUACAGGUGCUAGUUGCUCAUAGCUGGUUUAUUGGAGGCUGCCUUUGAGACGUUUUUUUAUAUUUCGUCAGCAAAAUCUGAUAUUGUUUUUUUUCCAUCUGACUACUGUAGGCACCUCGCAAUUAUAAUUUAAAGCCUGAAACUGAUGUGUCAGUUUUUCUGUGGUUGCUGGCAAGUCAAAUCAUAAUUUGAGGGGGUGUUAUGGGGGGUGGGGGCAGGCAAUCUAUCAUAUGGCAAUGGGUAAUAACACGUGUCCUGCUUUCCUGAUGAAUAAUCCCAUGAUGCAGAAUAACUGCAGAGUAUAGGUUGCAAGAUACGAACACCUACAUUAAGACUCUGUAUGUAAGAGAGAAACUUCUGCCAGGAAACCAUGGUGGUCGAGAGGGAUUUAAUCCACUAAUAGGCAGGCGAGAGGCAUCAUAAGGUGCCUUACAUUAAUGUUUAUAUCUGGGUAAGACCUUGCUACUCUUAAAAAUGCUUAUUUCCUCUCCUAACACCUAUUCUGACUAACCUGUGUAAAAAAGAUCUGCAUACCUACCAAUUUUCAGGCCGUUUUGGUAUCUGGCUCCCCUCUCGGCCAGUGCCAGCUGCAGGGGAGAGGAAGGAGCGCUGACAGCAGAUGGGCCAUAGGAGGCUAUGGGUGACGUCUCCUCUCCCAGCCAUUAUCAAGUGCUCUCUCCCCUGCAUCCAGCACUGGCUGCCACAGGGGAGAUCACGUGACUGGAGCUGCCUAAAAAUACUCAAGUAUACAGAUCCUUCUUACACAGAUUAGUCAGAAUAGGAGUUAGGAGGGGGGAAGGGAGCAUUUUUAGGAGUAGGUUAGGUUUUCCCUGGAAUUCUACUUUCACUUCAGUGUUACAAUUUUUCUGACGGUGCUGCAAGAGCUGCCCUAAACAUACCAGGACUGGCACAGAAGCCAGGCCCCUCUUCUUGCUCCCUAAUGAGUGCCUGAGGAAAUGGUCACCAGACCACAAGUGUGAAGGCUGGACAUGCUACUCGGACUCACCCAAAAAUAUACAGGCUUUCAGGAACUUUGCAUAGGAAUUUUAGAAGGCUCUUACGGUUCUGGCUACAGGUUUUUUUUUUUUUUGCAGAUGUUUCUAUGGUAAAGAUUGUGAUAAAAGGGGCAUUUAGAGCAAAGUGACAUUGUUUUGUAAGACCUUUUGGUUGCUUAGGUUGAGUCCUUGGAAAAUAAAUGGUCCUUCUGGGCAGAGACGAGCAUGUGACCACCUGCAGUGCUGUCAUUUGAGGGGAAUUAACCCCGUGUAAGAUCUUGCACCACUUACAUAAUGCUUUAACAUCUGACUCUGAUGAAGAAUUGGAACAGCAAGGAGCACAAUGUAAGCCAGUUUUACUGGAUGGGGAUAUCGCCUUACAAGAGAACCUGUCGCUUUGCUUUGAAUGGCCUAAUUACAUCUGAUGAUUAAGAGUGGAACUUAAACAAUCAUCUUAUGUAAUUUUCUGGGUUUGCAGAUACUCUUUCACUACAGAACAUGUUCUGCAGUACCUCCACUAGACAGCUGGGUUAUAUGAAGCUUCCUCAUACAUAUGAAGCCAUCUCCAUGGCACCUUCAUCUUCCUAUAAAUAUUUUUAGAUACAUUGUGCUUCUCUUUUUUUUAUAGCUUGUUUCCAUUCUCUUCUUUCCUGACAGUGUUUUGUGGAUAAGACUUGUUUGUGCUUUGCGCUCUCUACAAAUGAUCCUAUAACAGGGGUAGGCAACCCCGGAGAGGUAGAGAUAUACUCUAACCAUUGGUGGUCAGUGGGGAGCUCCAGUAACAUCGCCUCCUACAAUGGUGUUCAGUGACCCCCCUCCCAUUGUACUGAGCACCAUUAUAGAGCUUCUUAUCAUUUUGGAAUUAAUACCCCCAAGUGCUAACAUUAUGUCCACUGUCAGAAGUGAUUUUAUUAUCUUCUUCCUCUCCUCCGUCCCCUGUAUACAGAGCUAUGGAAAGACCUAGCUACCUGGCAAUUGAAAUGUGGUCCCUGCUGCUCCACCUCACAUACAUCCUAGCGCUUUUGUGUAAUGUUGCAUACAAACGCCUGGGAUGGAUGCAAGAGUAGGACCUCGGGGACCGGAGUGCCAGCCCCUGUCUUAUGAGCAGCAAGCGACUUUGCUAAAACGCAGGACAACAGAAAUCGACAUCUCUG